AUGGACGCCCUCCCCGACAGUCUCUUGGCCCACGUGUUCUCGCUCCUCGCGGCCCGCGACGUCCUCCACGUCACGUCCACCUGCCACAGUCUCUCGGUGUCCGUCCAGAGCGUCCAGCGAGCCGUCCAACGCGCCAUCGCGCGUCACUGUGCCGACGUUACGAGCGCUCUGUCGCCGUCGUGGAGUCACUGGCCGCGCUCGCUCGUCGUGCUUCGUGGCGCAGAGCUGCUGCGGAUCAAGGAGCUGCUCGCACGUCCGUGUGCUCCGUCGGUUGAAGACGCGGCCGUGUGUGGCUCGUCCAGCUGCGUCGUCGUGAGUCGCGCGUGGCUCGGCGCCUACAAGAAACGCUGCCAGGCGUUUGAGCACUUUUUGCAGCAGUUCCGACGCACGAAACGGCAGCAACGGCGGGCGAAAAGCGCAGGAAAGAAGACACAAGACGCGGCGGGGCUGGCGCUGCCCAAGAGCGCAGCCAACGCGCCGCUCCACGAGGCAGGAGCGAUGAUUGUCUGUGCCCACAACGCGCUGCUGCCCGCGACGCAGUGCGUGGGACGCAGUCGACGCGCGAUCCUCACGAGCGACGUGUUCAGUGAGAUUGCAGUCUAUGCGCCAGAGUUGAGGGGCUUUUCCCUCGAGUCGUGCCGGGACUGUUCGGUCUGUGUGCUCGAGCACGAGACGCGGGAGCUGGAGAUCGAGGAGAAGAAACAGAUGAGGUUUGACGCGGAAAUUGCUGGCUCUGAAGACAUGUUUGAGUUGCUGCAGCGAAAGAGUGGGUACCCAAAGGGCCUGUUCUCGCCAGUGGACGUGGCGGGAAGCAGACACCAGCAGCUGGCGCCGCACUUGUCAGUGACCGGACGAAGCAAAUAUGCCACGUACUUUUUGGUGCCGAAAAAGUGGCUGACCAAGUGGCGAAAGUUCGUGCGCAGUCAAGGCGAAGGAAGCCCCGGUCCAGUGCUGAACGCCGAGUUGGUGUGUCUGUCGCAUCAGAGGACGAUUGUGCCGCCCUACAUUUCUCUCUUCUUGUCGGGAUUCUCGCUGGAACAGUCGCUCAAGGCCACCCAAAUUCUUGGCACGGCCCCUACUCGUCAGUACGAAAUCGUCACGUUUGGCGAGUGGGAAGCUCUGUACAACCGCUACUGUGCUGAGUUUGCUGUGGGUUUUGACGUCGUCAACGGGGCGUACCACUGGCGAACUCAGGAAUGCCAGAUCUGCAAUUACGGCAUGGGCGGCGGACUAUCGUCGAACCAACCAAACUCGCGGCGUUGA